GUCGGACGGACCGCGUCGCGGUUUUACGCCGCUGAACGGCCAUGGUAUAAAUGGAUUUUGAAAUCAAUCGGUCCUUCAGUCGUUCGUUUCUGCCGCGAUCGAAAGGAAUAAGCGACGCCGAUCUGUCUCACAUGGACGCCCGUUUUCUGGCGAUAUGGCUUCUAUGCCAGCUCUCCGUGGACACCGUGCGAUCGAAGCCGCAGAUAACAAAGCUGUUUCCGGUCCAGGAGUCGGUGGAUCAGCAUCAACCAUCCGGCAACGAGACGAAGCCGUUGGAUCGGUUUUUGGGAAAAUUGCGGGCCACGUACGACUUCGUGUUCCGAAAGCCGGAGGACACCGGUAACGUGGAGAGGAUCUUAGCGAAGAACGGGCAAGACCUCGACGUGGACGCGUUGAAAGCGAUCUGGUCGAACCGGAUGUCCGAGGAGGAGCGAACGAAGAAGCCCGAAAUGCCCGAGAAGCAUCGGCAGACCGAGCACGUUUUCCGUUUGAUGGACGAUUGUGCGAACGAUAUUCAACCCCUGGACCAGCUGGAACCUCUGGGACCGCUCGAAUUGGACGAUGAGGAAGGGGACAAGAAGACCGAGGUGGAAUUCAUCACCCCGAGACCCGGUCUACAAUUCCCCGCCACGAUUAGCAGACACCUCGUCUAUUGGCUCGGAUCGCUCCUGGGUAUUACUUAUGAAGUCUAUUCGAAGCUCGCCCGAGCUAUUUAUAGCAACGCCACGACACCGAAUAAUUGAUUGUAAUUUGCCAACGAGUGGGAGGACGGCCGGAACAGUCGCGGAUUUUCUACGGGAAAUAUACAAUGUACACCUUGACCGAUGCUUUAUCGACUUUUGAACCGAACCUUUGCCGACGACGACUAUAAACGCAGUCUUUAACAGACUUGUGUCUCGAUAACAGCGUUUUUUUAUUUAUAUAUUUUUAUUAUUAUACAGUGCUUACUUUUGUACGUGGUAAGAGCACAUCCGUGCUUUUAUGAACACGUGAGACAGAUGUAAAGAAAGUAAAAGAAGAAUGAAAAAUCUAAGCAAAUAUAACGCGUCUCUUAUGGUGAUUUUGUACAAUAUAGAUGUACGAAAAUAUAUUUGGAGUUCUAGAAAUGUAUUCAAACUGUACAAAAGUACAAAAAGUAAUAUGAGAAACUUGUAAAAUCACAAGUUCGCCUAGGCUCCCCGGGGGUUGAAAUGACUCAUCUCGGUAUACAGAGGUAAAAAAAACGACAAAGAAAAAAGAGAACUAUUCCACAAAAUUAUUUGCAUAUUUUAGAAAAAGUCGCACAAAAUAUUAGGAAACAAAAUAUACCGAAAAUGAGCAACGAUUAUAAGAAAUGCUAAACAAGUCACGUUGACUUGACAACCCUUUGGGUAUAUUUCGAAGACCGUGUUUCUUUGCCAGGAUAUAUCUAGGAUUUCAGAGCGAAUCUUAUCUUCCUAAGGAUCAGGGGGGAUCGAGUGUUUCGCCAGACUGCGGAUCUUUACGCAAGGAAACGAUUUUCUGCGUCGAUUGCGAAAGAAGGGAGGGAACAACGCCGAAUCAAAUUCCUGUUCCGUGCGAGAUUGCGAUCGUGCUCUUCUCGAGAAACGCAUAAAAUCCUCAGUCUAAAUUGGUCGUCGAAGUAGAGAGAAGCACACCGAUUCUUUACACUUAUUUUAUUCAAAAAUAUCUUGGUCUGAAAAAUACAUGUGUUACCAUUUUCUUUAAUCAUCA